AUGAAUUGGCUUAAAUCGACCCUCUCAGCGGUGGCGGGCACCCAGGAGCCUAUCUAUGGCCCUGACGCGAUUCAGCCAGUCACAAAGCAGGCCGAGACGACGCCGUACACAGAGUUGACCAGGGAUGACUUGCGGUGGCGCGCAUACCAGUACACCAAUGUCGAGACCCAGACCUUCUACGCCAUGGCCGACAAUGGCACCCUGGUCUUUGUCCAGAUCAUCUACAGCAACAUCGUAGGAAUCCAUACCACCGCCCAGUUCAACGCCAAGAUUUUUAACCUGAACGGCGGCGAGCACAUCUGGCACUCAGACCCCCUGUCCAAUUUCAUGUUCGAUGAGGGCAUGUACUCGUUUGGCGCGGAUAACCUGUCGUUGACCCUUAACGAGGAGGCUGACGCCUACGUCCUGAAGUCAACCGUCAGCUCAAAAUGCUUGGUGGACCUGACGUUCAAGCGGACAACUCCCGGGUUUGUCGUCGGCAAGAACGGCACGUCGUACUUCGGCACCGACCCAAAGAACCCCUGGGGCUCGAUGAGCCACUCCUUCUGGCCUCGGUGUACCGUCGAGGGUACCAUCACUACCCCAGACCAUGCCUAUGACAUGGCCGGUCGCGGUGUCUUCAUCCACGCUCUGCAGGGCAUGAAGCCGCACCACGCAGCGGCACGGUGGAACUUUAUCAACUUCCAGACUCCGAACUACACCGCCAUCAUGAUGGAGUACACCACUCCUCCAUCCUACGGCUCGACCAAGGUCAAUGUUGGUGGCAUUUUGAAAGACGGCGAGAUCAUCUACGCCGGUGCCACCAAUACAGUCACCCACACCGAAUCCGCGCAGGACUCUGAGAACGACUGGCCGGAGCCGAAGUCUGCCCGGUAUACCUGGAAGGGAAUGACCUCCGACGGCAAGGAGGUCACUGCCGAGGUUGAAGGAUCUCUCGGGCCCCGACUCGACCGCAUCGAUGUCAUGGCUCAAGUGCCAGGCUUCAUCAAGUCCAUCGCCGGAAGCGUUGCUGGUACCAGACCGUACAUUUACCAGUACUCGCCACAAGAGAAGCUGUCCCUGAAGCUGAACGUGGGCGGCACCGAAAUCGUCGAGGAAGGAAAGAUGUUCGGUGAGGCGACAUUCAUCUCGUGA